AUGCAGUGCGACGCUUCCUCUUGGCUCUGCGGGCGCCACGUAUCCGUAACAACAGCCGCACCGACGAGAAGCGCCACCGGCCCAUCCUCCUUCUUCCUCUGCAGCAAGCCCACCGUCUUUUGCUGCACCGACGCUUCCAAAGACUCAUCGUCUACAUGUUCCAACACUGCUCGUCCAUUGUACAACCCCCUCAAGCGGCGACAGUCAAGUCAUGCUCCGGAUGUUGUACGCCAUUGGAUCCAAACCGAUAAUCAACAACCACUGUCUUCUCAAGAUAGAUUUACGGUUGCUUCGUAUAACAUUUUGGGGGAUAGAAAUGCUUUCGCGCAUAGAGAUAUGUACCGCAAUGUGCCUUCCCAUUAUCUCAAAUGGGACCAUCGCAAGGGGGUCAUAUGCGAUGAACUUGCCCAAUGGAACCCUGAUAUAAUCUGUUUGCAAGAAGUAGAUAAGUAUUUUGAGCUAUUGGAAAUUCUAGCGAAAGUGGGAUAUCUUGGGUCGUAUAAGAGACGCACGGGAGAUACCGUUGAUGGUUGCGCUAUUUUCUGGAAGGCUGAUAAUUUUCAGUUGUUAGAGGAACACAGCAUUGAAUUCAAGGGUUAUGGACUUCGUGACAAUGUUGCUCAACUCUCGGUUUUUGAGAUCGUAUCCAUCGUUUCCACUUCUAAUUUCAUUCCAUACAGGCAGAUGCAGAAAGCCGAAUCAAGAAGGUUCGUGAUUGGUAACAUACACGUGCUUUAUAACCCAAGCCGAGGGGAGAUACGUUUUCUCAUAUCAAGGGCACAAAUCCUCUCAGAGAGAUGGGGCAAUGCCCCCAUUGUCCUUUGUGGUGAUUUCAAUUGCACUCCGCAGAGUGCAAUAUACAAGUUCUUGUCAACAUCUGAGCUGAAUAUCAUGUCAUAUGACAGAAGAGAGUUAUCUGGGCAGAGAGACUGUCAUCCUGCUCAAGUUUUAGGAGUCAAACAAGAAAUUAGCAGUCCACUUACACUGAUAGACGGAUUGUUGAAGCAUUGCUGGACAGAUGAGGAGGUUAGAGUUGCAACUGGAGAUGCUGAGAGCAAUUUAGUUGUGCAUCCCCUGAAGCUUAACAGUUGCUAUGCCACAGUGCGGGGUUCGACUAGAACACGAGGAUCCAAUGGCGAACCUUUAGCGACUUCCUACCACUCAAAAUUUCUUGGAACUGUUGACUACUUAUGGUACUCUGAUGGCCUUGUGCCCACUGGAGUUAUAGAUACCGUUCCAGUUGACAUUCUCCAGAGGAUUGGUAGCCUCCCUUGCAAGAAAGUGGGCAGCGACCACUUGGCCUUAGUUUCUGAGUUUGCCUUCACACUGGACACAAAUGGAGACAAAAAAACAGCUGCCUCAAGUAUCUGA